UAAACUUAAAUACCAAAAAAAAAAAAAAAAAGGAUUUUGUUUCUCUCUUUAUAUAAACAUGUGAAAAAAAGAGGAACAACGAAAAAACUUUCUUUUUAUGAAUAGGAGACAGAAAUAUCCAAGUUUCCUUGAAGGCAACACCAACUUCUCAGCUCUGCAGACGCGGAUGUUUCUUGAACCCGCAAAGUUUGCAGCAGCAGCAGCAGCAGCGAGUCAUUUUUGAAGUGAUGGGGACUGGCACUCUCAGGCAGGAAAAUGCUGCCUUGCUGGUCCUGGCUGCAAUUAGUUUAGCCCUAAUAACCAUCCUGAGUGUUUGGAAGUUGAAAAGGUUCAAGUACAGGCUCGUGAAUGAGACUGGAGGUGCUAUGUUUUAUGGCAUUCUUUUAGGCGUAGCUGUGAAGUAUUUGCGGUUUGAUGGAGCGUCGUCUAUGGAGAACCACGUGUGCACUUGCCCGGGUCUGAAUUCAACUCCACACCUUGUCAUGGUCAACAUCUCAUCCGAAGCGCACUGCUACAGACAUGUUGGAAAAAUGAACCCCAAAUCCUCCCUGGACUCGACUUCUCAUAUGGAGACCUUUGAUCUGGAUGUGCUUUUCAAUGUGUUCCUGCCACCCAUCAUCUUCUAUGGAGCUUACACCCUGGAUCAGAGACGAUUUAUUGCCAACUUGGGAUCUGUGCUGACCUUCGCCUUCUUUGGUACUCUGAUCAGCUGUUUCUGCAUUGGGGUCUGCAUCUACGGCGUCACCAGGCUGAUGGUGCUGUUGGGCCAAGCUGCAGAUGGAGAUUACUCCUUCGUUGACUGCCUCCUGUUUGGUGCAAUCACCUCAGCCACAGACCCCGUCUCCAUCCUUGGCCUGCUGUCAGACCUGCGCGUGGAUUUGGAUCUGCACACCCUGCUGUUUGGCGAGAGUGUCCUUAAUGAUGCGGUGGCCAUUGUCUUGACGCGCGCCAUAACCACCUAUGACGGUGCAAGACCCGCCUUUGACCCAUCAGCCUUCCUCUACUCUAUUGGCAGUUUUCUUGGUAUUCUGCUGGGUUCUUUCUGCAUGGGAUUCAUAUUCACAGUAAUAACUGCCCUCCUCACCAAACUCACUCGCCUGCGGGAGAGUCCUCUGCUGGAGACGUCGGUGGUCUUGCUGCUGUCCUGGAGCAGCUUCCUCUCAGCUAAAGCCAGCGGACUCUCAGGGAUUGUGGCUGUGCUGUUUUGUGGACUGAGCCAGGCGAGGUACACUGUUCUCAAUUUAUCUGCUGAAGGCAGGUCAAGAACCAAGCAGCUCUUUGAAGUCUUCAGCUUCCUGGGGGAGAUUUUCAUCUACAGCUGCAUGGGAUACAUACUGUUGACAUUUCCUCAUCAUGUCUUCAAAGCUCUUUUCAUUUCCGGGGCAUUUUUAUCCAUUUUUAUUUCAAGAGCGUGCCACAUCUACCCUUUAUCUUUGCUGUUGAAUCUGGGCCGGACAAAGAAGAUAUCUUGCUCCUUUCAGCACUUCAUGGCUUUUGCAGGUUUGAGGGGAGCUGUUGCCUUCAGCCUGGCUGUGAGGGAUACAACAACAGAAGCGAAGCAAACCAUCCUCACAACCACUUUACUCCUUGCUGGCUUCACCAUCUGGGUGCUGGGAGCAGCUGCUGAUCCCCUGCUGCACUCUCUGGAUAUCAGAAUGGGGGAAGAUUCAGAGGAGGACUCAAAGGACUUUUCUUCUGAGGUUGCCAUGAGGGGGCCGGACACAGCGAGAGGCCUGUGGCACAAUCUGGACCACAAAUAUCUGAAGCCGAUGCUGACACACUGUGGCCCCCCACUGACGGAGUUAUUCCCCCGAUGGUGUGGAGCUUUUGCAAGAAUCUUCAGCCCGUCCCAAAUCCAAGAGGAUGAAGAGGAGUUCUGUGAGAUAGAACCACACACCCCUCCUUUGAAUUUGGACAAAACCGAACAUCCGCCGACGCCAGACGACGACCACUCUGGAUCAGAACACCAGGAUGACCUUCUGGAGGGGGAUUUGGGCCUUGGUACUGGUCCAGUUAACACCACGGAGCCUUCAGUUGACUUUGUUUAAAGCACAUCCUGCAAGAGUUUCAAACUUAAAAAAAAAAAAAAGACCACAAACAGGCCGGCGCACUUCCUGUCGCUCUGCUGGAGACUUUUCCUUCUGGAAUUUCAUAACCGACAAAUAAUUCUCUCUUAAAAAUACUUAAUUUUAGAUUAUCUUCUGUGAGCCAAAUUAAAAUGUAAAUUCUUGAUGUGAAGUCAUUAAUGCAACUUUGAGCCGUUUGAUUACAUAAUGGAGUAAGCUCAUCAACAGCGGCUGAAGAAUUUCCUUUAAUCAGCCAAAAAAGGAAGUUUUUGUGCCAACUUUGCUUUUCUCUUCCUCAGCUUUUUAAACUUUUAUCAGCUCUGUAAACACAUUCAGAUGCAUUCCUCAUAGUUCAUUACCCUCUUUUCCUUCUUCAUUAUCAUUCAACGUCCUUCCAGAGUUAUUCCGAACACUGGAAUCUAUAAAAAUAAAACUCUUAUUUUCGUAAAGCCACUUUCUCCUGAGCUAGAAACCCCCUUUUUUUUUUUGUUAUGAUGGCAUGAAUGCAUCCCUGGAAUGAGCUGAUAGGCAGAUUUUAUUUUCUCCAAUACAUAUGUUUUUGAGAUGAUGUUUAUGUCUAUUAAAUAUAUUUUUACUUUUUUA